GUGUGGCGGGUGUCUCUUACUAGCUGUGUGUCGGGGAAGCUUUCUUAACUCUGUGCCGCGGCCCAUAUUUAAAAGCCUUCGACGCGCCCUGAUCCUCGGGUUUUUCCCCCCCAUCCCCCUCACUCCCACCCCCCCAACUCCCCCUGAACCUCGACGCUUGAGGUCCGACUCUCGAGUGCUUCCCCCAGCCUGACGUCUUCUGCGGGAGUCGGCGUGCUGUGUCUCUCCCUCCCUGCCCCUCCCUCCGCCCUCCAUCUCCUCGCUGCCUCCUGACGGCGACGGCGACGGCGUGGAAUCCCCCGCUGCAUCAUAUUACUGAGUGACGGUGCUGAAUAAUAUUCCGCACAAGCUUUUCAAGUAAAAAGAAUUUCGACUCUAAGAAUCCACACGACAACAACAGUAAAUUCGCGGCGCCAAUUUCCCAGGUGUCCGAAAGGUGCUGACUUAUAUCUGGCGGUGAUCUUCAUGUGGCGAUAAUGAAAUCGCUUUUGAGUUUAACGCUCUUCCUCGCCGCAGCCUACGGCUGUGGGGAGGUGAGCCCCAGAGCCGAGGUCGUCUGCUACUUCAAGGGCGACCUAACGGCGAAUGACGUUGAUCCUUGCAAAUGCACCCUCCUCGUGGCCUCCGAUGUCAAGCUCGAUGAAAACCUGAAGCUCACUUCCGACGUCGACUUCACCAAACUGCAGUCGCUGAAGAAGAGGAACCCCAAACUCAAGCUGGUGGCUUCCAUCGGCGCCGAAAACGUGAAGACCGAAACGUUCUCUCUGCUGACGUCGUCGGUGGAGGGCGUGGCCAACUUCACGGAGGGCGUGGUCGCCUUCGUCGCCGCUCAUGGGCUGGAUGGCCUUGAGGUGGACUGGAGGUGGCCGGGGCAAAACGGCGGCGGCAAGGACAAGGAGGACGUCACCACGCUUAUGAAGGUCGUUCGCCUCGCUCUGGACCAGAAGGUGCACAGCGUGAGCCGAAGGACGGCGACUGAAGCUCCUGCCGAAGACACAACGGAAGCCGAGGACGCAACGCAGGCCCCACAGGACGUAACAGAAGCCGAGAACGCUACAGAAACCUCUACCGACGCCCCAUCGACGACCAUCGCGCCCGAACAGGAGGAUGAGAGCCUCGGGUCAGACUACCUGGUCCUCGAAUCAGGUUCCGAAUACGAGGUGACCCUCCGGCCCGAGAUAGAGGUAAGACUCGAAGACACAGGACACACGAUCAAGGAGAAGAAAGAGGACAGUCAUGGAAAAAAACAAGCAAAGACACCAACUCGACCUUACCGUGGAAGCGUUAAGUUCAGCGAUUACUUCAAGCUCUCAGGCGUCCUCACCACCACGGAGACGCCCUCAGCGACCCCCUCCUCCGGAUGGAAGAUCGCCAAGUCUUCUCAGGCAUCCGAGAGGAAGGCGAAGCAAGAAGUGGAGAAGAAGGAGAGAGGAGCCAUCCUUAUGAUGACCUUGUCUCCCCAUCCCGAGUACCUCGUCAAGGGAUAUGACCUGAAAGCCCUCACUAAGAUUGUGGACUUCUUCAGCCUUCCCACCCACAACCUGACAGAAGAUCGUCCAGAUGCAGUCACUGAAACCUUCCACCACAGCCGUCUCAUGGGCGUUUCCGAUCUCGAAAAUGCGGAUUCCCUCGUGGACUUGGUGGUGUCCCUCGGAGUGCCACUGGACCACCUGAUCCUCGGACUGCCAGCCACUGCCGCUGUGUUUACCCUGAAGGACGAAGACCUCAACACGCCCCGUUCCCCGGCCGCUGGAGCCCCCAACUUCAUUCCUUACAGAGAGGCAUGUAUGAUGAUGGAAACCGGAAACUGGACGGUGGAACGCGACGAGGAUCUGACCGGACCGUAUGCCUUCCUGAACACAACGUGGCUGGCCUUCGACGACCCUAUAAGCGCCAUGAUCAAGAGCAAGUAUGUAUUGCUUCGAGGACUGGCUGGUGCAGCUCUACAUAAUUUGGAAAACGAAGACUGGGACGACCAGUGCAACCAAGGCAAAUACCCUGUCCUGUCAGCAAUACACGAUACCUUUACACAGCUCGCCCGAACACCUCGACGUGCAGUUCUGCAAAGCCUUGUUGAUGAUUUGGAGACUGAGGAGUCUUCCUUCCGACCAAUAUCUGUUGCCUCCCCCACCGAUCUUCGAAAUUCACCCUUUAGAAUUGUUCGCAUUGUUGAUCGAACUGGGGCUAUUAAGGCAAUCCGAGCAAGUUCUGAGUCAAGGUUCGAGUGCUCCCGUCAAGGCUUUUACCGGGACCCUGCUGACUGUUCCCAAUUUUACCGAUGUGUAAAGUUCAACCAAUAUGUGGAUGACUUCACUGUCUUUGAAUAUUCAUGCCCUUCUGGACUUGUGUUCGAUGAUCGUUGGGAGAUCUGUGCAUGGCCCUCUGCAGCUCCUCCAUGUGACGGUUCCUCAGAAAUUUUCCCUGUUCCUCGUAGAAAGUUUUCUUGCCCUGGAGAAGGAUACUUCACUGAUCCAGAGAAUUGCCGCUGGUUCUUUGCUUGCAGAGAUUACUAUGGGAAUGGAACAUACACUCAGUAUGAAUUUAGAUGUCCAUUUGGACUUGCUUAUGAUGAGGCUAAUGGACUGUGCAACUGGCCAUGGCUUGUGGAAGGUUGUGGACAUACUGGGCCAAUCCCCAAUGGAUAUGGUGGUGUGAGUAGUGGUGCAGUCCCAGUUAGUGUAGCUUCCAUUGCUGGAGGUGGAUUCAGCCAAGGCAAGGCAGUAUUUGGAGAUGGGUCUGCUUCUCAGGAUCUGUAUGGUGGAAGCAGUGAAAGUUGUGAAGACUGUGGUUCCACUGAACUUGCAAUUGGUGGACAAGGAGUCUACAAUGCUAACCGAGGCCUUAUUGUUGGUGCAGAUCAAAGCAAUGAACGACUUUCAUAUGGUACCUUCAAAAACACUGGAGUCCCAACCAUCCCUGGAACUGGCCUUAGUGGACAUAGCAGUGGCAGACAAGGAAACAGUAUUGGCUCUACUGCUUUUGGUUCUUCAUCAAAUAGGAGGCCAAGCAAAACACAAGGAGGAAGGAGAAAGUCCUCUCGCGGUCAGAAUGGCCAGGGAUACAACUACCAAGAGCCUGACAAUGCUUUUAAUCCUGCUGAGGUUUCAGGUGGUUAUGCUGCUCCAAAUCCAAGCUCUAGAAGACCUUCCUCUUCUUACAAAACCCCUAGUGCAACAACUCGUACACCAACAACUACUUACCAACCUGUCACUUCUGCUCCUGCAACCACACCUUCCUCUGGAUAUGUAUAUCCUGAACCAGCUAAUCCUUUCACCUCAGGAAGUUCCAUCCAAGUCUCAAAGCCUUCACCAGUAACUUCUGCUCCAAUCAGGCCAAGCACAUCCUACUCAAGACCUAGACCCAGACCUACACCCAGUUCUUUCCCUUCUUCUUCAUCAGAAGAAAGUACUGGUGGUUAUGCAUCAUUAUCUGGACACUCAAGACCCCGACCCUCAAGUGGAAAUGCUAGUCCAGCAUCAGUAAACCCAUUCUUAGCUGCUUCAUCCCAUGGAUCAACAGAGUCUUCAGAUGAAGAUGGCUCAGAUGGUUAUGAAUAUGGGGCACCAAGUGGAAAUGCAUUUGAUCCAUUCAGUGCAGGGUCUUCAAGUGGCUCUAGGAAAGGAACUCAGGGAAGCACUAACGGAUCAAGAAAGACAAGUGGCAGUGUAGGCUCUUCCAGUGGAGCAGGACAUUUCACUAUUCCUGGUAGCUCUAGUGGUUCAUCUGGUGGCAGACAUAGCUCUGGAACUGGGGCAUCAGGAGGUUCCAGGGGAUCAGGAAGGCCUGGAUCAUCAAGAGGAUCAAGUGGAUCAUCUGGUGGAUACUCAUACUCAGCUCCUGCAAAACCAUUCAUAACUGGCUCUUCUGCAAGUUCUGACUCAUCUGAAGAAGAAUCUGGAAACCGCUUUGGUGGAUCUGGCACUGGAGCCCAAGGUGGUUCUAGUCACUUUGGCAGUUCAUCAUUGGGUACUGGAGGUCAUGGAGGAUCCAGUGGGUCUAGCCACUUUGGUGGUUCCUCUGGAAGCAGUGGAUCAAGAGGCUCAACUGGAUCAUCUGGUGGAUAUUCAUACUCUGCACCUGCAAAACCUUUCAUAACUGGCUCCUCAGCAGGAUCUACUGGCUCAUCAGAGGAAGAAAGUGGAGCUGGAUUCUUUGGAGGUUCUGGAAGCCAUGGCAGUUCUAGUGGUUCAAGCCACUUUGGAGGAUCAGGAUCUGCAAGCCGUGGUAGUUCCAGUGGUUCAAGCCACUUUGGAGGAUCAGGUUCUGGAAGCAGUGGCAGUUCCAGUGGUUCAAGCCACUUUGGAGGAUCAUCAUCAGGAUCUGGAAGCCGUGGAAGUUCCAGUGGUUCAAGCCACUUUGGAGGAUCAUCAUCAGGAUCUGGAAGCCGUGGAAGUUCCAGUGGUUCAAGCCACUUUGGAGGAUCAUCAUCAGGAUCUGGAAGCAGUGGAAGUUCCAGUGGUUCAAGCCACUUUGGAGGAUCAUCAUCAGGAUCUGGAAGCCGUGGCAGUUCCAGUGGUUCAAGCCACUUUGGAGGAUCAUCAUCAGGGUCUGGAAGCCGUGGCAGUUCCAGCAGUUCUAGUGGAUCAUCUGGUGGAUAUUCAUACUCUGCACCUGCAAAACCUUUUAUAACUGGCUCCUCAGCAGGAUCUGCUGGCUCAUCUGAGGAAGAAAGUGGAGCUGGAUUCUUUGGAGGUUCUGGAAGCCGAGGCAGUUCCAGUGGUUCAAGCCACUUUGGAGGAUCAGGUUCUGGAGGCAGUGGCAGUUCCAGUGGUUCAAGCCACUUUGGAGGAUCAUCAUCAGGAUCUGGAAGCCGUGGAAGUUCUAGUGGUUCAAGCCACUUUGGAGGAUCAUCAUCAGGGUCUGGAAGCCGUGGAAGUUCCAGUGGUUCAAGCCACUUUGGAGGAGCAUCAUCAGGGUCUGGAAGCAGUGGCAGUUCCAGUGGUUCAAGCCACUUUGGAGGAGCAUCAUCAGGAUCUGGAAGCCGUGGAAGUUCCAGUGGUUCAAGCCACUUUGGAGGAUCAUCAUCAGGAUCUGGAAGCCGUGGCAGUUCCAGUGGUUCAAGCCACUUUGGAGGAUCAUCAUCAGGAUCUGGAAGCAGUGGAAGUUCCAGUGGUUCAAGCCACUUUGGAGGAUCAUCAUCAGGAUCUGGAAGCCGUGGCAGUUCCAGUGGUUCAAGCCACUUUGGAGGAUCAUCUUCAGGGUCUGGAAGCCGUGGCAGUUCCAGCAGUUCUAGUGGAUCAUCUGGUGGAUAUUCAUACUCAGCACCUGCAAAACCUUUCGUAACUGGCUCCUCAGCAGGAUCUGCUGGCUCAUCAGAGGAAGAAAGUGGAGCUGGAUUCUUUGGAGGUUCUGGAAGCCGAGGCAGUUCCAGUGGUUCAAGCCACUUUGGAGGAUCAGGUUCUGGAAGCAGUGGCAGUUCCAGUGGUUCAAGUCACUUUGGAGGAUCAGGAUCUGGAAGCCAUGGCAGUUCCAGUGGUUCAAGUCACUUUGGAGGAUCAGGUUCUGGAAGCCGUGGAAGUUCCAGUGGUUCAAGCCAUAGCAGUUCUGGUGGAUCAUCUAGUGGAUAUUCAUACUCUGCACCUGCAAAGCCAUUCAUAACUGGCUCCUCAGCAGGAGCUGCUGGCUCAUCUGAGGAAGAAGGCGGAUCCGGAAGUUCCAGUGGUUCAAGCCACUUUGGAGGAUCAUCAUCAGGUUCUGGAAGCCGUGGCAGUUCCAGUGGUUCAAGCCACUUUGGAGGAUCAUCAUCAGGAUCUGGAAGCCGUGGAAGUUCCAGUGGUUCAAGCCACUUUGGAGGAUCAUCAUCAGGGUCUGGAAGCCGUGGCAGUUCCAGUGGUUCAAGCCACUUUGGAGGAUCAUCAUCAGGAUCUGGAAGCCGUGGCAGUUCCAGUGGUUCAAGCCACUUUGGAGGAUCAUCAUCAGGAUCUGGAAGCCGUGGCAGUUCCAGUGGUUCAAGCCACUUUGGAGGAUCAUCAUCAGGAUCUGGAAGCCGUGGCAGUUCCAGUGGUUCCAGCCACUUUGGAGGAUCAUCAUCAGGAUCUGGAAGCAGUGGAAGUUCCAGUGGUUCAAGCCACUUUGGAGGAUCAUCAUCAGGAUCUGGAAGCCGUGGAAGUUCCAGUGGUUCAAGCCACUUUGGAGGAUCAUCAUCAGGAUCUGGAAGCAGUGGAAGUUCCAGUGGUUCAAGCCACUUUGGAGGAUCAUCAUCAGGAUCUGGAAGCCGUGGCAGUUCCAGUGGUUCCAGCCACUUUGGAGGAUCAUCAUCAGGAUCUGGAAGCAGUGGAAGUUCCAGUGGUUCAAGCCACUUUGGAGGAUCAUCAUCAGGAUCUGGAAGCCGUGGCAGUUCCAGUGGUUCAAGCCACUUUGGAGGAUCAUCAUCAGGAUCUGGAAGCCGUGGCAGUUCCAGUGGUUCAAGCCACUUUGGAGGAUCAUCAUCAGGAUCUGGAAGCCGUGGCAGUUCCAGCAGUUCUAGUGGAUCAUCUGGUGGAUAUUCAUACUCAGCACCUGCAAAACCUUUCGUAACUGGCUCCUCAGCAGGAUCUGCUGGCUCAUCAGAGGAAGAAAGUGGAGCUGGAUUCUUUGGAGGUUCUGGAAGCCGAGGCAGUUCCAGUGGUUCAAGCCACUUUGGAGGAUCAGGUUCUGGAAGCAGUGGCAGUUCCAGUGGUUCAAGUCACUUUGGAGGAUCAGGAUCUGGAAGCCAUGGCAGUUCCAGUGGUUCAAGCCACUUUGGAGGAUCAUCAUCAGGAUCUGGAAGCAGUGGAAGUUCCAGUGGUUCAAGCCACUUUGGAGGAUCAUUAUCAGGAUCUGGAAGCCGUGGCAGUUCCAGUGGUUCAAGCCACUUUGGAGGAUCAUCAUCAGGGUCUGGAAGCCGUGGCAGUUCUAGUGGAUCAUCUGGUGGAUAUUCAUAUGCUGCACCCUCUACACCAUUCAUAUCUGGCUCCUCAGCAGGAUCUGCUGGCUCAUCUGAGGAAGAAGGCGGAUCUGGAAGCCAUGGCAGUUCCAGUGGUUCAAGCCACUUUGGAGGAUCAUCAUCAGGGUCUGGAAGCCGUGGAAGUUCCAGUGGUUCAAGCCACUUUGGAGGAUCAUCAUCAGGAUCUGGAAGCCGUGGCAGUUCCAGUGGUUCAAGCCACUUUGGAGGAUCAUCAUCAGGGUCUGGAAGCCGUGGAAGUUCCAGCAGUUCUAGUGGAUCAUCUGGUGGAUAUUCAUACUCUGCACCUGCAAAACCUUUCAUAACUGGCUCCUCAGCAGGAUCUGCUGGCUCAUCUGAGGAAGAAAGUGGAGCUGGAUUCUUCGGAGGCUCUGGAAGCCGAGGCAGUUCCAGUGGUUCAAGCCACUUUGGAGGAUCAGGUUCAGGAAGCCUUGGCAGUUCCAGUGGUUCAAGCCACUUUGGAGGAUCAGGUUCUGGAAGCCGAGGCAGUUCCAGUGGUUCAAGCCACUUUGGAGGAUCAGGUUCUGGAAGCCGUGGCAGUUCCAGUGGCUCAAGCCACUUUGGAGGAUCCGGAUCUGGAAGCCAUGGCAGUUCCAGUGGUUCUGGACAUUUUGGCAGUUCAUCAUCCAGAGGCUCUAGUUCGGAUGGAUCAUCUGAAGAGGACAGACAUUCUGCUGGUGGAUCUGGCUAUGUAUAUGAAGGUCCUUCCAGUGGUAGCACAUUUGAUCCAGUCAACAGUGGAUCUGGAAGCAGUGGAUCAGUCAGUCACUUUACUGUGUCGGGAUCAGGUUCUGGACACAAGAACACAGGUGGAAGUGGAUCAUCAAGCAACUUUGGUGGAACUGGAAGUUAUGGCAGUUCUGGUAAUGCUGGAAGUGGAUCCACUGGCUCUGGAUUCUUUGGAGGAGCUGGUGGUUCUGGAGGAGCAGGUACUGGAGGCGGACAUGGAAGUGGAUCUGGAUAUGGCCACUUUGGAGGCAUCGGAGGAUCUGGAGGUUCUGGAGGCAGAGGUGGUUCUGGAGGAGCAGGUACUGGAGGUGGACAUGGAAGUGGGUCUGGAUCUGGCCACUCUGGAGGCAUCGGAGGAUCUGGAGGUAGAGGCGGUUCUGGAGGUUCUGGAGGCAGUGGAGGCUCUGGAGGAUCUGGAGGAGCAGGUACUGGAGGUGGACAUGGAAGUGGGUCUGGGUACGGCCACUUUGGAGGCAUCGGAGGAUCUGGAGGUAGAGGCGGUUCUGGAGGGGCAGGCACUGGAGGUGGACAUGGAAGUGGUUCUGGAUCUGGUCACUUUGGAGGCAUCGGAGGCUCUGGAGGCCGCGGCGGCUCUGGAGGCCACGGUGGUUCUGGAGGAUCUGGAGGAGCAGGCACUGGAGGUGGACAUGGAAGUGGUUCUGGAUCUGGCCACUUUGGAGGCAUCGGAGGCUCUGGAGGCCGCGGAGGCUCUGGAGGCCACGGUGGUUCUGGAGGAUCUGGAAGCCCUGGAUUCUUUGGAGGUGUUGGUGGAACUGGAGGAGUUGGAGGUGUGGGUUCUGCCGGUCCUAAUGGCCCUUAUCGUACUGGCUCUGCUGGAGGGUCAGGCUCUCCUAGCAAGUCCCAAGGAUAUUCAGGUGUUGGUUCCAGGAAAUCCAUUGCUGGCGGACCUUCACUUGUUGCUAAACUGACUCGCGGCAGGAAAUUCCAGAGAUUCGGGCCAGGAGGACGCCGGGACUUUGAUGACACUCUGGGCCCAGAGGUGUGUGAGCGAGCAGGUUUGUUCCGUCAUCCAGACACAUGCGACAAGUUCUAUGAGUGUUACUGGGACAAAUGGAUUGAGCGCUUUACUCUCCAUGUAUUUGACUGUCCCAUCACCAUUGUAUACGAUUCUGGCAUCACUGCUUGUAACUGGCCCUUCAACGGCCCCCAGUGCAACGAUGAUAAGCACUAAAGUUGUGCAACAUCAGAUUUUAACGUUUUUAUACAAGAAAUUUUAUAAUAUUUACAUCUAAAAAUCUGUAAAACAACGGCAAUAGCAUUGAGCAUCCACCUUUUACAAAUGGCCUUAUUCUAAAGCCAUGGUUUCCACAUUUCAUAGUGUGUUGCUGUUGUCAAGGGAAAAAGUGAUUAAUAACCAGUAGAAUUUUGCAAUGACCAAAUGGAUGCAUUAAUCUCAAAGUAUUGUAUAAAUGUCUGUAACCUGUUGGUGAAGUAGUCGAACACCGAUAGGCUAUUUAUUCAUGAUAUCUAUUUAUUUCAUAUUUAUUAUCAGAGCUUAUGUGACCAAGUGAUCCAUGGUCCCUUAAGUACUCUUUCACCUUUACUUAGGAGUAGCUGUGCAAACAUUCACGAUUCUGUGCCAAAAGAACAACUUACAGUAAUGAUAGGUAUUCCUUUCAACAUUGCAGUUUAUGAAGUAUAUUCCUGGGUGAGAAAAUAUCACGAAAGAUAAAUUGGUCUAUCAGAUAAUACUAUUCAACGCCUGCUUAACAGGGUGCAUACAUAAACCAGCAUAUUUC